GCCUGUUAAAAUCCAUUUGGACAGUUAACCUCAGCUGAUCACCGCUUCAUCUACCAGAGCGACCCACAGGUCUUCAAGGUUGAACCAUGAGCGCCUUCGUGACUCUGUCGACAGGCCAGAGGAUGCCCGUGGUCGGGCUCGGCACUUGGAAGAGCGCUCCAGGACAGGUGAAGCAGGCGGUGCUGGCAGCUUUAGACUGUGGGUACAGACACAUCGACUGUGCUGCUGCAUACAGCAAUGAAGAGGAGGUGGGAGAAGCUCUGUCUGUCAGGGUCGGCCCUGGGAAGGCUCUGCGUCGUGACGAGCUGUUUGUAACAUCCAAACUGUGGAACACAAAACACGACCCUGACGAUGUUGAGGAGGCGUGCAGGACCAGUCUGGCCCACCUGGGUCUCUCCUAUUUGGACCUGUACCUCAUGCACUGGCCCAUGGCAUUUCAGCGAGGGAAGGAGCUGAUGCCUCGACGGGAGGAUGGAAGUAUUUGUUACUCUGACACUCACUACAGAGAUACCUGGGCAGCUAUGGAGAGCCUGGUGGACAAAGGUCUUGUCAAAGCCAUAGGACUGUCCAACUUUAAUGCCAGGCAGGUUGAUGACAUCAUCAGCAGGGCCAGACAUUUACCUGUGGUGAACCAGGUAGAAUGCCAUCCUUAUUUGUCCCAGUCAGAUCUUCUGUCUCACUGUCGGUCAGUGGCAGUGUGUGUGACAGCCUACAGUCCCCUGGGCAGCGGGGACAGACCCUGGGCCACUCCUGAUGAACCAAGUCUGCUGCAGGAUUCUCGACUGGGAGCUAUUGCCCAGAGAUACCAGAAAACACCUGCUCAGGUCAUACUCAGGUGGCAUGUUCAGAGGGGUGUCGUGUGUAUCCCUAAAAGCGUGACACCUUCCAGGAUCCAGCAGAACUUGCAGGUGUUUGACUUUUUUCUGUCAGAAGACGACAUGAAGCAGAUAGAGUCCUUCAACUGCAACAAGCGAUUCAUCGUCCCUACAGUCGAGAGAGAUGGCAAGAGAGUUUGGAGGGAUGGAGAACAUCCUCAUUUCCCCUUCAAUGAUCUGUACUGAGUCUAUACAGGAGGAAUGCAACUUUUUAAUUUCAAAUGAGUGUCACUCACUGAAGAACCCAAAAAUAAACAGAAUAUGAUGAAAAUAUA